AGAGAGAGAGAGAGCGAGUCACACGCACUGCUCAGUCGUCGCAGAGGUCAAGCUGCUUCUCUUUCGCCAUGGAAGCUCUGCGAAGCUUAGCUCGAUUGCUCCUAGCCUUCACCAUCUUCUCCAAUCUCUCGCUGCUCGCUUGCUCCUCCUCGCUUCAGGACAUCCAGAUCGCCACCGCCGAGCGCAGAAUUGACGUGUCGUCUCACAUCAUCAAGGCUUUCUUGACGUUAAAGGUUGAAAAUACUGGCACUUCUCCUAUUUCAGAAGUGCUUCUUGCUUUCCCACCAACACAGGUUGAUCAUAUAUCAUCGCUCAAAGCAGCUCUUACUGUCGGAAAGAAGAAAAAGAAAAGUUAUGUGCCUCUUGAAGUGAAUCCCACUGAACUACCUGAUGCACCAAAUGGGACCAAAUACUUCAAAAUAUUGUUGCUCAACCCAUUGAGUGCUGGUGAAACUGCAACAGUAGAAGUGCUUUACGUAUUGACGCAUUCUCUGGAGCCUUUCCCAGCCGAGAUAAGCCAAUCGGAGUCUCAGUUGGUCUACUACCGGGACAGUGCAAUAAUAUUGUCUCCCUAUUAUAUUAAGCAACAGACCACGUUUAUAAAAACUCCUAGUACUAGGGUGGAGUCAUUUACUAGAGUAGACCCCACUACACGUGCUGGUAUCGAACUGAAGUAUGGACCGUACAAGGAUUGCCCUGCAUACUCAUAUGCUCCUGUUCUUGUUCAUUUUGAGAAUAACAGUCCAUUUGCUGUUGUUGAGGAACUUGUACGCGAGAUAGAAAUAUCUCACUGGGGAAGUCUUCAGAUCACAGAACAUUACACUCUAGCACAUACUGGCGCUCGACACAAAGGUGUUUUUUCGAGGGUUGAUUAUCAAGCUCGGUCUAGUGGUGUCUCUUCAUUCAAACAUCUCCUAGCAAGACUACCUCCUAGGGUCCAUUCAGUCUUCUACCGAGAUCAAAUUGGGAAUAUCUCGUCAUCACAUUUGCGUACAGAUUAUCGAAGGUCAGAGCUUGAAAUUGAACCGAGGUAUCCUUUAUUUGGAGGUUGGAAAGCUACUUUUGUAAUCGGGUAUGGGUUACCAUUGCAAGACUUCCUAUUUGAGUCACCUGAUGGCAGGCGAUACCUCAAUUUCACCUUUGGUUGUCCUCUUGUUGAGACGGUGGUAGACAAGUUAACCCUCAAAGUUGUGCUACCAGAGGGAUCGAAAGAUCCAUCUGCUGUGGUUCCUUUUACGGUUGACCAACAUCUAGAGACCAAAUACUCAUACCUUGAUAUCGUUGGAAGGACAGUGGUCGUUCUUGAGAAGAAGAAUGUAGUUCCUGAGCAUAAUUCUCCUUUCCAGGUCUACUACAGCUUCAACCCAGUUUUCAUGCUGGCAGAACCAAUGAUGUUGACAUCUGUAUUCUUCUUCCUUUUCAUGGCUAGUGUAGCUUACCUACACGUAGAUUUUUCUAUCAGCAAGUGAUAUAGCAUGUCCUGAAUUAUCAAAGAUGACCAAGUGGAGCAGUGCAACCAGGACUCUUGAGUGCUAGUCAUUUGGGUUUUAUUUAUUUCAAUUGAGAAGAUAUAUGGUGUAGGUGACUAUGAGAAAAUUUUGUUGCGCUUUGGCCGCUUGCUUUAUGAAGCUGAACCUUAUCCCUCACUACAUUGUUGUCGUAGUUUUAGAUACAGAAGAAUACUGAUGUGUUUGGAUAGGGAAACUAUGAUGUUAUAAAUCUAUCUACAUAAUAUGACAGAAGA